UCUUUGUAUUUUUGCACUGUAAAUUCAUCCCCACAAAAAAUUGAACUUUCAACUUAAACUACCAAAUCCUGAGCUGAAGAUCGCGAGCAGUGAAGUCUGAAGACAAUGGGAGAAGAUGAAAAGCAACGAAAGUUUCAUCAGGCCCUUCUUCAAAUGCUUUAUCCUCCUCCACCAUCUCCUCCUCCUCAAGAUGAAGAGGAAGAGAAGAAGAAGUUGAUUGAGCCGUUGGUUGACCUUCCAGGGGAGGAGCUAGAGAAUGAGGAAGGGCGUUCUUUGCCAUCAAGCAGCGACGACAGUGAGGGUGAAAAUGGCGGCAGCGGAAAGCUGACGAGGGCGCAGAGAAAGAGGCUUCGUAAGAAGAAGCUCAAGGAAGCCGUUUCCCAACGCAGAAAGAUCAUUGGGCCUCUGUUACCUGGUUCAAGUGAUGAUGGGAAUGAUGGUAGCGUCGAUUUGGUAGGUAAUGCGCCUGAAAGUGUUCGACAAAAUGCCGCAACUGAAGUUUCAGGAGCGCCAGCUUCUUGCUCGAAACAGAACAAGCUAAAGCAAAGAAGAAAGUCCAAGAAAUUGGCUGCUAAAAAGUUGAAUUCAUCAAGCAUUGAAAGUGGUAGCAGUCAUCAAAGUCGAGGCCAGAUAAUGAGAACAGAUGAUAGGACUAACCCCUAAAACACCCCCUAUUCUAUGAACUGAUGAGUAGCUAAUGCUUAUUGAUGCAACCGGAGUAGCACUCGAUGUUAGGUCAGACAGCCAAUGCUCAAAUUAGAAUCAACCUGUAUUCUGAAAGGCGAGUAUGUUAUCAGAGAUAAAGAUUAUGGAGACAUCAACACUGUUCCAAGUUGUUUACAUUGUAGGAAUUCUUGCAAUUAGGAACUAAUUUUCCAUAUUAUUUUCAAGAAGUCACAAAGGGACAUUCAAAUUGGACUACUUAUUGACU